AUGGGUUCGGUAAUGCUGCAGCACCUGCCCUCAGCAUGGCACGUUGACCAAGCCAUCCUCAGCGAAGAAGCCCGCAUAGUCUGCCUCCGUUUCGGCGCCGACUACACACCCGAAUGCAUGGAGAUGGACGAGAUGCUGUACAAGAUCGUAGACGCAGUCAAAGACUGGGUCGUCAUCUAUGUAGUCGACAAUAAGCAAGUCCCCGACUUCAACGCCAUGUACGAAAUCUACGAUCCCUGCACCGUCAUGUUCUUCUGGCGAAACAAGCAUAUGCAGGUUGACUUUGGCACGGGCAAUAACAACAAGAUCAACUUUCCGAUUGGGACGAAGCAGGAGUUGAUUGAUAUAUUGGAAGCCGUGUAUAGGGGAGCGAGUAAGGGGAAGGGGCUUGUUGUUAGUCCGAGGGAUUACUCGACUAAGUGGGCGUACUAG